AUGCCUCCCCUGCCUAAGGACUUCGAAUGGGGGUUUGCGACAGCUGCGUAUCAGAUCGAAGGAGCAGUGGACGAAGAUGGCCGUGGCAAGUCUAUUUGGGAUACCUUCUGUCAUCUCGAGCCCACCAGAACUAAGGGAACCAAUGGAGAUAUCGCAUGUGAUCACUAUCAUCGCUACGAGGAAGACCUGGAUCUUCUCACGCGAUAUGGUGCCAAGGCAUAUCGUUUCUCAAUUUCUUGGUCACGAAUUAUUCCAUUGGGAGGACGUGAUGAUCCGAUUAAAGAAGCCGGCAUUGCUUUCUACAACAAGCUGAUUGAUUCCCUGCUCGCCCGAGGCAUCACACCGUGGGUCACUCUUUAUCACUGGGACUUACCUCAGGCAAUUCAUGACCGGUAUGGAGGCUGGCUGGAUAUCAAAGAGUCCCAAUUGGACUUUGAGCGAUAUGCCAGGAUCUGCUAUGAGCGAUUCGGAGAUCGCGUGAAGAACUGGAUUACCUUGAAUGAACCGUGGAUUGUCUCGAUAUUUGGAUACGCAACUGGUGGAAACGCACCUGGUCGCAGCAGCAUCAACCCACAAUCUACCGAGGGAAACACCGCGACAGAGCCCUGGAUCGUCGGAAAAUCUCUCAUAAUGAGCCAUGCUCGUCCUACUGCGCUGUAUAAUCGUGAGUUCCGUACUUCGCAGCAAGGAAGAAUCGGCAUUUCUCUGAAUGGCGACUACUAUGAGCCCUGGGACAGUCAGGAUGAGCGCGAUCAAUUGGCCGCUGAACGCCGAAUGGAAUUUCACAUCGGCUGGUUUGCCAACCCUGUCUGUCUAGGACAAGAUUACCCAACCUGUAUGAGAGAACAGCUUGGAGAGCGACUUCCCAGGUUUACAGACUCGGAUUUUGCCCUACUGAAAGAAACCUCGACUACCAUGGACUUCUACGGGAUGAACUACUACACUUCCCAGUUUGCACGACACCGCGAUGAACCAGCCUCGGAGAAUGACUUUUUGGGUAACGUGGAAGAACUACAGAGCAACAAGCAGGGAGUACCAGUUGGAGAACCCAGUGGAAUUAGUUGGCUUUAUUCUACCCCUGGCCUUUUUCGAAAACAUUUGACCCGGGUGUACCAAAAGUACGGCAAGCCAAUCUACGUAACUGAAAAUGGAUGUCCGUGUCCCGGGGAAGAUAAAAUGACCCGUGAGAAGUCCAUCGAGGACAGUUACCGAAUUCGGUACUUCCAAGAUCACAUCGAUGCGCUUAGCCUUUCAUUCGCGGAGGACAAAUCAGAUAUUAUGGGAUAUUUUGCUUGGUCGUUACUCGAUAAUCUUGAGUGGUCCGAUGGAUAUGGUCCGCGCUUCGGUGUUACUUUUCUUGACUAUAACACCUUAGAAAGAAGUCCGAAGAAUUCAGCUUUGUUGUUGAAGGGAAUGUUCGAUAAGAAGAUGGUGGUUGACUCGAAGAUUUGA